GGGCGCUUUGCUUUCUGUCUCACGGCUCGGCUGCUGAAGGAGAAGAUAUUGAAUUAGGGGUUUUAUCUUCAGAGCCAGUCGGAGAGAAGGGAGAGAGAGUCAAACGAGAGCAAGGAUGACGACAAUUAUUCCCACCUCCGAGGAAGAUCCUGCGCUCGCCGUCGUCCGUUUCACCUCCGAGCUCGCUUGGGCCGAUGCCGGUCCUGAGGUUGCGGAGCCUCAUGUUACCAGGUUAUGUAGAGAGGCUCAGGAGUCUAUUGUAGCUAGCAGGUGGCUGGAUUUGGCCACGCUAAUGCUAACUUCGGCUGAUUUGGUGUCGACCAAGAUUUCUGAGAAAGAUCUUGAGUGUGCCUACACCAUUAUUUGCAGUCUUGUCAAGAAUGUGGAAAACCCUGAUGAAGCCCUUGAGAUGGCCAAGGCUAUAUCAUCAAAGAUCGCUCAACAGCCAAAUGACAAAGCUUCAUUGCGUUUGAAGAUCAUUUUCAAUCUGUAUAAUCUACUGGCCCAACCAUAUGCUCGUUUCAAGGUGUAUAUGAAAGCACUGGAACUAGCGGUCAACGGGAAGGUUACUGAAUAUAUACUGCCUUCUUUUAAGAAGAUUGACAGCUUCUUGAAAGAGUGGAAUCUCGACAUCAAAGACCAGAGAGAACUUUUUCUCGCCAUUGCUAAUGUGCUGAGAGAAAAUAAAAGCAUGGCAAAAGAAUCCUUCACGUCCCUUACCAAGUAUCUGGCAACUUUCUCCAAAGAUGAUUCUCAAGUCCUGGCUGAAGCCAAGGAGGAGGCUGUGCGUGCUGUUGUUGAAUUUGUCAAGGCGCCUGGUAUAUUUCAGUGUGAUUUACUGGACAUGCCGGCUGUAGCUCAACUGGAGAAGGAUGCUAAAUAUGCACCAGUUUUCCAGCUACUGAAGAUAUUUCUUACGCAGAGGCUGGAUGCGUACCUAGAAUUCCAAAAUGCAAACUCAGGGUUUCUCCAGACAUAUGGUCUUGUUGAUGAAGACUGUGUAGCGAAGAUGAGAUUGAUGUCGCUAGUUGACUUGGCUUCUGAUGAAUCUGGGCGAAUUCCAUAUGCUCUUAUCAAGGAUACACUACAGAUAAACAGUGAUGAGGUUGAAUUGUGGGUGGUAAAGGCGAUAACUGCGAAGUUGAUUGAUUGUAAGAUGGACCAGAUGAACGAAGUCAUACUUGUGAGCCGUUGCACUGAGCGUAUAUUCGGGCAAAAGCAGUGGCAAUCUCUUAGGACGAAGCUUGCAACUUGGCGGGAUAACAUUGGGAAUGUAAUCAGCACAAUUCAGGCUAACAAGAUAACGGAGGACGGCUCUCAGACAUCAGCAGCUGCAACUCAGGGACUGACCAUCCGUUGAAGAAUUCAUCUUCUUGAAAAAUUCUCCACCCGAAAAGCUCUCAAUCUCGACUUUGAUACGAAAGAGAUUUGUCAUCUCAAAUCCUCCCCCUACUGUAUUCCUUGCCAGUUUUGUCCUUUGUUUUCCGACUUCUUCCUAAGCGUCUGAACGAUACGGAGACUUUAUCAUACAUUUUGGUGAAGCACUUAUUCUGAGAUUGGUUCUAA